GCGAAUAGUCCAGGCCGACGCCGGCGUCGCGGCACCUGUCGAAGAAGGGCUUGAUGGUCGGCCACAGCUCUGGAUAGCAGUCCCAGAAGGAUGAUGCCAUGCUGGGACUUGGUCAGCGGCUGCGCGAGCAGCACGGGCGGGCGAGGGCUGCUCACAGCUUGGGAUGCACGGCAGCCGCGAGCGGCGCAUACGUCUCGUUGUAGAUGGCCGUGUACGAGUCGCCCCUGUGCUGUCAGCCGCUGCGGCGCGCAGUUGAGGCGGGUUGGGCAUCGCACCACCAGAUGCACGCGGCGCGCGAAUCGGCGAAGACCAUGCGCGUGAACAGCCGCAGCGUCGCGUCCCAGGUGCCCAGCGGGCCCAGCGGGCUCCUGGCCCAGUCGGUCUCGCGGAAGAAGCGCACAUGCGGCGUGUCGGGGAGGUCGAGCGUCCAGUCGCGCUGGUCGCCCCCAUCGCCUUGGGGGGGCGGCGCGGGGCCAGGACGAUGCUCCAGCUCCCGCGCCAGCUCGUCUGGCGGCGGCGUGUUGGGGUCGUGCAUGGGCUUGGGCGGCAGACGGGCGAGAGCGUUCGUCGAGGAAGCACCGCUGCCGCCCGCAUGUGUGUGCAGUGGACGCGCAGACGAAACCGCGAGAGCGAGGCUAGCAUUGCGCCGACCUGACUCUUUCACGCCGUGGGUAGGGCUGCAGUCGAGACGGGCCGUCUGAGAUUAGCGAGCCGGCCCCAGCUGCGGCCUCGAACGCCCCCCGCCCAGACCGCAAGCUCCAAAGACAGCCGUGGCCUUGUUGCCGCCCGUCGGUUGCAUUCGACCU